CACCAGUUGUAACCGUACGUUGGCACGCGGCGUUCGCAGAAGGUUCCUUCUCACUGGUAUGUCUUGUUUACUUGCGUUGGAACUUGAAACAAUUCUGUGACAGUAGGGAAACGAGUUCUGGUUUCUUGCGGGACUUGUGCCACGGGUUUUCUGGCCCUUUUCAAGCUCGCUUCAAAGAUCGUGUGUUUGAAUGAUUUCCCACCACAGUGAGGACAACACGUGGACCCAGUUUUGAAGGAGGUAGUGAAAGUGCACAACCAACCGUACUAGGAUCCCUUGCUGAUUGAAGGGAGUGCUGAUUCGUCAUUAUACCGCUCACUCAAGGAGGAUGAAGAAAAGAUAUGAAGAACAAGCUAUGAUCAACAAAAGGACCUUGAGUGACUAGCCCUUAUUCUGCCAACCAAGAGAGGCUCUUUUUUCUCUCACUCACUCCCUCACUCACUCGCUCGCUUGGGCCUUUGCUCUGUAUGAUUCAUAAUCAAGACAGAACCAGAGAAGUGCAGAGGCGAUGCAACAGAGAGGCGCCCUACAACCUCAUCAUGCCUUUCAACAGGAAUGUAUUUGUGGGUCUGUGUUGACCUCAACAACAGCUGACCUCUCCUGACUGACUACCCUACAUCAAUAUUCUCUUCCAUCCUCAACCAACCAACCAACCAACCAACCAACGCAACGUGCACCAUCGAGACUUCUUAGAAUCCUUCUUAGAAGUCAAGAUUCUACGCUCUCUAUUGGUCUGAUGUAGUAAGUUGGUGCUGGAGCUUUUCCCUACGACAAGGAUAUUAGUUUGAAGCUUCUACUAUAACUGCUCUUCAACCAAGACCAUGACCAACUAAAGUCCUCACCUCGUCGUCACCACAGAGAUCUUCUUUUAAGGUCUGUUUGGAUAUAUGUUGGAUGGAAUAUCCCGAUUGGUUUGUGAUAUUGACGCAUUGAUGGUGGGGAUUGGACCGACGUAUGUAGGUGUCAAUUGAUUUGGCCUCCGUGGACAAAUCCUGAUCUACCUGCGAUGCUUUCUCUUCGUGCUGUGAUUGGAUCUAGUGGUGGUUUGGGUGGUCGAGCCCUUGUGCCCAACAAUGACUGUGGAGGACGGAGGAGGCUCGGCCUGAAGAUGCCCUGGUUGGCUGUGGAUAAACUCUUUACAUUCUUCAUCCUGCUCUCAGCUCUGCAUUUGUCAAGGUCAUUGCGUUCCAUUCCCCGCAGCGGUCCAAUCAAUUACCGAGAGGAGGAGAAGAAAAUUCUAGACAGUAUAUUGGGUCCAGAAGUCUAUGACAAAAGGAUCAGACCCUCUGGCCUCAAUGGCACAGAUGCUGCCACCAUCAUUGUGGUCAAUCUCUACAUCCGUAGUUUUGCCAAAAUCGACGACGUCAAAAUGGAAUAUAGUGUGCAGAUCACAUUCAGACAGAAAUGGAACGAUGAAAGAUUGAGUUACGACCACAGGCUUUCCCAUGGUGAUAUGAGAUCCAAGAUCAAAUACCUCACCAUGACGGAUGCUCGUAAAGUGUGGAUGCCAGAUACUUUCUUCAGGAACGAGAAGGAAGGACGGUUUCACAAUAUUCUCGUGCCCAAUGUAUACAUUAGAAUCUUUCCCAAUGGAGACGUCCUCUACAGUAUUCGAGUAUCUCUCACCUUAGCAUGUCCCAUGAACCUCAAGCUGUAUCCAUUGGAUCGACAGCAAUGCUCCUUGAGAGUGGCAAGCUAUGGUUGGACGACAGGGGAUCUACAAUAUAUUUGGAAAACUCUGGAGCCGGUCCAAAUUGUCAAGGACCUUCACCUUCCCCGAUUCACGCUUGAGAAAUACAUCAGUGAUUACUGCAACAUUAAAACUAAUACAGGCGAAUACAGCUGUCUCACGGUGGACCUGACAUUCAAGAGGGAGUUCUCGUACUAUCUUCUCACCAUUUAUGUUCCUUGUUGCAUGUUGGUCAUCGUAUCCUGGGUGAGCUUCUGGCUGGACCCAAAUGCAGUACCUGCCCGGGUCUCUUUAGGCGUGACCACCCUUCUCACAAUGUCCACCCAAACUGCUUCCAUCAACAACUCACUGCCCCCUGUGGCCUACACCAAGGCCAUUGAUGUAUGGACGGGGGUAUGUGUCACCUUUGUGUUCAGCGCAUUACUUGAAUAUGCCCUGGUGAAUUACGCAUCGCGUUCGGAUGCUCAGCGUUUGGCCAAGAAGAAGCACCAAAAACAAUGGGAGCUCGACCAUUGCGCCUUCGAUCCUGAGCACAUGGAGGACUUGCCCCCGGGAAGUGGCCCACCACCCGGAAUGGGAGGACCACCCGCCAAUAAUGGAGGAGGAUCAUUUGCCAUGGUACGUUAGACAAUGGCUGGAUAUUUGGCCCAUGAUCGUUGAGAGGUUGCAAAAAGGGGACAGAGAUGGGAUGGAUGUACCACACAUUUGUACAUGAUAGCCUCAAAGCGCUGGAUGUUGUAAUCCAGCUUUGCGCUGUGGACCGUCCUACUGGACUCCCCGGAGCUGAUGUACGUACAGUAGUUCAGUAAGAAGAAUGACAGAUCUGUAGAGGAGAUUCUUCCGACGGAAAUGGAUGCCUGGCCGUGCUGCAUGAGCAAUGGCUUCAAGAUCAUGGUCGUAAGUCUUGACAUCUCUCAAAGAAAGAUAGCGAAAGACAUAUCUCGCACAGAAAGGGCCAUUUGGCUCUUCUGACAAUUUCGCAUCAAAGGCCAUAAAUCCUGACAAUCAUCCGAAGUUUGAUGUUUUCCAUUAUUUUGCGGAGUGAGCGAGAAACAUGGUUGAACAGGAGGAGUACUUGCCGAAGUUAAACAGAAUGCAGCAAGAUGGACAAGAUUAGAUUAGUUAGCUUUUUCUCCCUCGGAGCAAGAUUUAUCCAAAACUUUCCGCGCACUUGACGGCCUCCAAGGUCUCACAGACAACAAACAUCCUGAGUGUCUACGUGUGCGUGCGUGUACUACUUUAUUUCCUUCAUACACGUAGACGAAGUAUGAGGAAGGUCGAUCGAGGCUGAUCGUCGUAAUCCGUCAUUUUUCAAGUCUCUUAUCUCGAAGAAAGGCCAUUAUCGGAAGCUCUCCAUGCAGCAAAUGGCUUGGCCUAACUCCAAUAUCAGGGAUCUCUUCCAAUAGUUACUUGCUCGUACUCGCUCACUUGAGUUGCCACGUUCUUAAAGAGAGAGACCAAAUAUCUGCCCCCCACUCUCUCUCUCCUUCUCUCUCUCUCUCUCUCUUUCUUUCUUCCCCACCCCAAUGUCAAAAGACACCAGCUAUGCAUAUAUUGCAUCGACAAACUCCCGUCACCGACCAUCGGGUUCGAGUUUAAACCUUUAAGAGUUCGCCUCAAAGUGAUUUCGGCGAAACCGGAACACAAGCAAGCUUUUUGCCAACCUAGUGAAUGAUUUGUGGGGAAAAAUAUUGGCUCGAGAAAAAAAACCGAUCGGGAUGCCAGCAAAUAUAGCUGGAAGGCUAUAGUUCUCUGAUACCUGGUUCUCAGAGAGCACUUACUGUACGUGCUAACAUUUGCUAACUUUGCGUGGCUUAAACUGUGGUCCAAACCUGGAUGGAGUUUAGGUCAAAUAUUGAACACUUC